AUGAACCCCCGCUCAAAAAGACAAGAGGGUGGUGGUCUGGUGGAGGAGCCAAGUGGAGGUGGUGCACGAGCGGCGCUCCGGUGGUGCUUUGGCGGUGCUCCGGGGAGGAGUGGCGAAGUGGCAGGUGCUAGAGGAGGAGGUCGGGUGGAGCGGCAGUGGCGGGCGGUGACUGAGGUGGCCGGAGGGCUUGCGGAAUCCGGCGGGGCUGACAGGCAGCUGGUGGGAGGCGGGAGGUCUAGCGGGGGCUGGCAAGGCGGUGUCAGUGGGGGUAGGGCUAGCGGGAGCCAGAGAGUGGGGCCGGCAGGGGCUGGACUAACAGGGCCGUACGGUAUGGUUUUGGAGAAAAAAUUACCCCGAGAUGGUUAG